AUGGACUUCGAAGAUGAUUAUUAUUACUGGUAUCGUGAUUAUUGACUCCUCAACCUAUACUGCAGCCAUCAUGUUUCAGGUCGAAGAACCAGGGCCCAAGCGAGGAGAAGAAUCACGAGAGGAACUCGAGCGCCGAGCACUAUCUUGCUAAUUUGAAGGACAAGUGCGGAAUUGUGAAGACAUAUCACAUGCACUCGGAGAAUAACCAAUGGACGAACGAAUACAGAAGGAAGAUGGACACCCUCAUGGGCCACGACUUGAGACCGUUCGUUUUGUUCUCAAUGAACAAACGCAGAAAUUGGGAGAUUGAGGAAUCGAUCGGAGUGAGAUUGAUGGCUGAAAUUCAGAACUUGCAUAAGGGCGAGGAUGUGAUGUUCUUGGAAAGAGUGGCCGUUGGAUCGACCUUUUGGUCAAGUGAGCACAAUGUGAUUUGAUUACCGUAGAAAUGAACAUUCAUUCCAGACUGUUUCCGCUUUAAUUUUCACUGGAAACACUUCCGAAUCAGUGCUGUGCACGAGUUGAACACUUAUGUAUCCGGAAGACCAGCUUACAAGAAAACUUCUGUCAACUCCAUAUACGGACAGUACCUUCAGAAUUUAGAGGAACACAAUAGAUGUUCUUGCAAAGAGGAUGCUGAAAUUAUAAAGGCUGAGAGGGUUCGAAAUGCGGAGAAGGAAGAGAGAAUAUUGGUGGCUUAUCAUUUGAUGAAGCCACCAGAAAACUACUUUUCCUUGAUGCACAAGAAGUUUGUGAGGAUGCACAUUUACUCCGGAAGAUGUAAGACUCACUUUCAUUUCUGAACCAAAAAAUACUUUCACAGGGAAGGCCGCUGCUUACUGGGAGCGCGUGAGGAGAAAGUCGCUGUGUUAUUUGGAUAUCCGAUAUGAUGAUUACGAGGAAGAAGAGUUUGAGGGUGAGGACGAGGAUGAUCAUGGCGUGGAUUUCGAGCAGAAGCAGAGAGACCGAUGGUAAAAGGGAAAACGUUCCAAUUGUUAUGUGAUGAACGGGAUUUCAGCUACAACUUUCUCGACGAUCAUUUCGUGGAUGACUUUGUACACGUGAAAAGGAAGAAGAAGAAGAAGAAGAAGGAUAAGUGA